UCAGUUACGCACGCGUUUCUUACAGUAGUUACUUUCGAUAACGCGGCUGCAGCAGAACUCACGAAGGAUUACGAUUAUAUUGUUUUGAAAGGAGUGUCAAAAGGCGUUUUUUAUUUCCACUCAUGACGGAGGAGGAGGAAACAAUUUUACAGCCGUCAGAGUGCAGUUUGGAGAAGGAGAGGGUUAAGGAUGAGCUGCGUGUAGAAGCGGCAACUGGGGGUCUGGACGAUGGCAAACGGGAUUCACCUCGGAGUACUCCCCGGAGCCCGCUCACCCCACGAACUCCCAAAAGUCCCCUUACUCAUAUAGCACACUCUCAUAAACGGGACAGUGGAUAUUUGACCGACUCCCCAGCCAGUCUUACUGCUGGGCACUUUACUUAUGAACUGACCUCCCCGCAGGAGGAGUUACAUGAGUUGGGGGAGGUAUUCAGUAGUGAGGCUUCGACUUCUGACCGAGAGGAUGCCCUGGGACAUGUGGCACGUUCAGAGACUCCAGUCUCCAUGUCAGAAUCGAGUUCGCGGAAUGCUUCCCCCCAGAUGCGAGUGUGUACUUGGCGUACCCCAGUCACUGAACCUAUCCCUAUUCCGGUGCGGCGUUCAGGACUGGAUAUGCCGAUACCACCUUACUACCAGUAUGGCGCAUCUCCCCCGAGGGCCCCGUUGCGUCCAUCGCCAUUCUCAACCGGAUCUUUAGCAGUUCAUGCUGGACAGUGGUCUUCAAGUCACAUGGGGAGUCCUAGUAGGACUACGUCGACUCAGACCCCAGCUCAGCACAGUCAGAUCAUCGAGGAAGCGAUUCAGUGGCAGAUUGGUGGCCUGUCAGAUGGGGCAGAUGGUCUGCCGGACAUGGAGAUGGCGGAUGAUGAUGAUGACGAUGAUGAAGAGGUCUUCGUUCCUGCCAAUGCACCUUUCCAACGCAGUUUGUCCCAUAGGAUUGAAGCUCGAGGGACGGCUGUAGAGAGAUUACGGUGCUACUCUGACAGCGAUGAGGUCCGAAUUAGUCACGAACCUCUGCCAGAUCUCAUCCAGUUCCGCCGCGACCGAACGCGGUCCGAGUCGGCCGUGCAGCCGCUUCUGCGACAGGAAGUGGGACAGUUUGCGCGGGAGCUGCGACGGAUUAGUGACGAAUUCCACCUAUCGUAUUCACCUACUGAAAGCAGCAGACUGCUUGACAGUAUAGACGAGCGACUGAAUAGUGAUGAACUUACUGACAAUCAUUCCGCCUCUUUCCCAGGGGCCAGGGGGACUUGGCUGGAUAACCUAUGUGAGUUCAUUAGACCAAAUAUGCGGAGGCGGCCGAGAACACACUCUGGUGGGCGCCCACGGGCACAUUCGGACGUGACGAGCGCGUCAAGGAUGUCACUUUCAAGACGAGACGACUUCUAUGAGUGAAAUUCAUCAAGUCGUACAUCGACUGCAUAUUCCAGCCAAAAUCUUGGCAAUGGGGAACCUAGCUCAUAAUCAACACCGAUAUCGACAGCGAAUCUACGCAAAUGAAAUUGACGACGCCAUCUUUGUUGAUUUUAUGUACAAUUGUAGACUUGCUGCCCAUUAUAGCUUUGCUAGGCGCCUCAUUGUGAAUCAACGACACUUCAUACUGAUCACGCACAAAUUUGAACGUAAUUAGACGUUCUUUUUUUAAAUGAUAUACACAUUAUAUACGUAGGUGUACGUUGAUUUGUAAUUCCGACAUUUUAAGUAGACAAUGGACUUCUACAACAUGGACCUGCCCGUUCAAGAGCUCAAGCUUUGUCGGAUCGGUGUUAUUUGAUACAAAACUGGAAUCAUCGCACAAAUUUUUUAUGCCUGACUUGUUGAAAUUGUUUUUACAUUCACUGUCUCUUGGUGUGUUGAUAUUUGUGACGAUGUUUGUAGUUUAUGCGUAGCAUGUUUUCAAGGUCAGCUUCUAGUAGCGGGAAUGCGACAUUCUGAGUUUAAGAAUCGAGAAGAUUUGAUGUUUUGUUUGUCCGAUUUAGAACUUGGGGCAGAAAGAUCAACAUACUGUAGUUUCACUGAUCUAAGACUAUUUCUGGAUACUCAUGCUAAGCCCUAUGAGAUGCACAUGUUUCUGCUAUGCCAUGUUCAACAGUCUUCUAUUGGGACAGAUACCGAAUGGGUGGCACCAAGAUGUCCGAUGGUCAUGAGAUCAUGUCUUUGGCAUUUGUAUUGAUUUUGUAGUCGUUCAUGAAGUGGUCUUAGAUUGGUGAAAUUGGAGUAUAUCCUUUACAGAUUCCCACAAGGUUGAGAUGUUGUACCUUUCCAUCCCUGUUUCUCUGUGUAGGCUCUUUUUGUUAAUGCAUAAGAGGAGUCCAUUCAGGAAACUGGGGGCGGAGAGUUUAAGGGAUGUUGAUAUUCUUUUUGCCCAGUUUGCUAUCAUGGGCAGAGUGAUUGGGAUAUGUGCGCAUGCGUGGCUUAGUGACUGUUAGAAAUUAGGUGUAUUGGUACAACUGUAGGUUCGAGUCCUGCAUCAUGUCAUGUAGUUCUAGAAACGUUUGGACAAUUAUCUCACAGAAAUUUAACUAUCUUUUCCUGUGGGAUAUUGUUCCUGAGUGUUAAGAUGUCAUUUAACAAUAUUUUGGGUUAUCAAGUUUCACUUAGUGUAAUUGUGCUAAUUUUCGCGAGGCUUUUGUGUCUCCUCGUGUUAAAGUUUAUGUGAGGAGCCAUUUGGCUCGGUGUCUCUCGUGUCCUGAUAAUGAGAUAAAUUUACCGAGGGACGUAAAUUCGAAUGGUUUUCAAAAUGAUGAAUUAAAUCAAAAAUGCUAAAUUUGAAUACUAUUUGCCGAGUCAGAUUUGUCAGAUUUGAGGAUGCUUGAUAUAAUAAAUCAUAACAUAUGUUUGCAUACUUGGUGCAUGUAUUGACAGUUAGAGCCUGUAGGUAUCCCUCCAGUUAUUUGGUCUUCAGAAGCUGUCAAACAUUGUGUUAGAUUCCUGAAUUUGUUUGUUGAUAUGUCUGUUGCCGAUUUGGUGUAACAUGUCAUUUCCCCAAUUGGUGAUAUGUCAGUUCUGAAAUUGGUGACUUGAAAGUUGCUAAUGGUGUGAUAUAUCGGUUGCCCAAUUAGUGACUUGCCAGUUGCCAAUUUGAUAUGAAAUGUCAGUUGCCAAUUUGAUGUCAUGACAUGUUGGUUGCCCAGUUAGUGACAUAUUUGUUGCGGAAUUGGUGACUUAUGGCAUUUGCCCAAUUGGUGACAUAUUGGUUGCCGAAAUGGCUGACAUUUUCGUUGCCCAGUUGAUGAUAUGUCAGCAGCCCAAUUAGACAUGUUAGUUUCCCAAUUGGUGAUAUGUCAGUUGCUAAUUUGAUGUGACAUGUCUUGUAAUUCCUGUGUGCUACAAACUCACUUAAAGUAACUGUUUCUUUUGAGGCCGAAUUAGUAAUGUUGCUUUGGAAAGGGUGAUUUGACAACAAGGUACUAAUUUAUCUGCUCUUUGGACUAUCGUUGGGUACCAUUUGUGGUGAUAAAUUUCACAUUUCGUAUUUGGCAAAUGUGGUUCUGAAUCAAGUUCAGAGUCUUGGUCGAAUUUGUGAUUUGCAAUGGCCAAACCAAUUUAUUUGCAAAUUCUAGUUUGGGCGACUAUGAUGGAUGCCACCGGUGAAAACGUGUACAGUAAAUGGUGUAAUUUCAUUCAGUGCUAUCCUCAUGUAAAUAAUCAGUUGAUUUGAUUUUCUCAUUUUGGCAAUUGUUGAUUUUGAGGAAAGUUAAUAGGAAUUGCCAGAGGUUUAUCUUGAGCAGUCGUGAAGGGUCGUACUCUUUUCACCAUUGUGGUCAUUGUACCUAUAAGAUGGUCAGAGUCCUAGCUCUGAACCACUGGCAUUUUCUAGGGAAAAGUUCUUAUUUUUUCUCCUUUCUGCUAGGGUGCUUACGUAGGUGAGAGUAAAAUGUUUAGCUCUGUGUAUGGACUCAUGGAUUUUUCUGGAGAAAGUGGUAAAUUGGUUUGGCCAAAAUUAAUACGGGAUGAAUUUUACCCUGGUUAUUCCUUUUAUUUGAGGGGAACAUUCGGCUAAUGGCUUUGAGUCGGGUUAUGUUAUAAUUCCUCAUGAUGUAAUAGUACCACUAUUGUCUUAUCUGUUCCUAUGGUGCAAAGCAUUAUCAAAAGUUGAAUACUUCACUUUGUCUAGCCGUUUCUCUCUAACCCUGAAUUGAUAAAAAUACGAAAGAUGCAAGUCCCAGAUUAUCUAUCAAUUUGAGUGUUUUUGACUUAGUUCCUUCUGAAUUAUGCCAGGAUCCAAUUGCAGUAGAUAACUGUAUAUCAACUGCACCCUCUGGCAUUCUUGAGUUGGAUCACUCUUGUGUUCACUUUCUGUUUAUGAUGAUUUCAACUUGUUUCAAAUUCGACCGAUAUGUUUUUCUAUCAUGGAGCUUUUCUGUUCAUUCUUUUCAAAUUUUUUGUUCUGACAAAGCUAAAACAACUAUUGAUUUCCUACCUACACAAACCCCAAACCAUAGGUCUGUCAUUCAUUUGAAUCAAAAAAAAAAGUUCCUGUGUAGGGCAGGGACCCAUACACUUGCAGCAUAAAACUGUAGAACUAAACUCAAACCUUUUCAGAAGGAAAUUGCCAAAGUCUACUAUAACCUAUUGGAGAUUUUUCUUGCUUUGUGAAGUUGAUUUGGUUCAUUAUCCUUUUUAGCAGUUUUGAGAGUAUCCUUAAAAGACAUUGGCAUUGAUGAGUGUUUCCUUGUCACUGUGAGGCAUCUCUGUGACUAUACCAAGUUCUUCAACACUGUUUGAUGCGUACAAUUUUCUCAAAAACUGCAGUAUUUCUGAAAAGUACACAUAACUUCCAUUUUUUUCUGCAGGGAAAUUUGAAAUUUAGAUAUCUGUGGUAGCCAAUUCUAAUGUGAUUAAAUGGGCUUUGGUUGCCCUGCCUUAAACAACCUUGUUAGAAAAUGACUGGGUGUUAAAAAUAUCAUGGCACAUUUGCUAGCUCUAAUAACUUUUGUUUAAAAUGUGUGAAGGUUGCUAAAAGCAGCCAUUGCAUACUAGAAGUAAGCCAUUGCCAUCUAGCUGGGUUUUUGACACCCAAUAGUAACCAUUGCCCUGAAAAAAACAGCCCUCAAAAACCUUCUUUAGUUCAUUUAACCAUAAUUUGGCUGUGAAAAAGUUCUAUUUUUUUGGACAAAUAACUGGUAUUUGUAAACUGAAAGGGCCUAUAGCACACUAUGACUGUAAUUAUUCGAAGAUUCAAGUGAGCAGUGUAUUCUUAACUGUAAAUAAACUUUUGUACAGGAUGUUAAAUUUCGUUGUUUGAAUUCCCUUCUUUUCUUUGUUUCGUUGACAUCUCAUCGUUGAAUUAGAAAACUUUUCUAAUGCUUGCACCAAUAUUUUAAACUUUGCUGUAAGGUAUAGAAAUUUCUGUUCAAUUUCAUCAAUGAUAUUCAUGCUUACUUGAACCAAUAUAACUAGGUGUUGUCAUUAGUAAUUGUAUUGGUAUAUUUGUUCUGGUAAGGGUGGAAACAUUGCAUAAGAAUGCUGACGUGGAAUUAUAGGUUCCAGGGUGUGGUUUCAUUUCACCUUGUCCUUUCCUGAGUAGAAUUGCAUACAUCUUUCAAACUGUUGCUAAAUCUGCUCCUCGUAUACUUUGGUGAUCUUCUCAUUGAUGAACUGAAACAGAAGACAAGAUGAAGAGGAGAAGAUGUCAUCUGCAAGAUCUUUAAGCUGUCAUCUGUCAGGGAAGUGUUGAUUCAAGGGAAGAAGAGGCUUUCAUUGGGAAUAUCUAAUCAGGUGGGAAUGAUAUCACAGAUUGCCAAGUUGUCACACAAAUGUUGAUGUUCAUGCUGAGACGUUGUAAGUUACUGCAAACUUCUGUCUCGGAGUUGUUUUCAUUGCAUUUGAAUGUGUCUUCAUGAAGACAGAAAUUUGUCUGAAUUGAUUGACCAGUUCGUCAGUAAUGGAGAAAGUCUUCUCUACUGAUUUACCAUCUGAAGGCAAUCAGUGAAACAAGAAUGAAAUUGAAUCAAUGUCUAGAGACAGAUGCUAGUGUUGAACAUUUACACCCAUUUCUGCUUCGUUUCAAUUUCAAUUUUGUUUCUUGUUUCACUGGUGCCCCACAAGGAGUAAAAAGAGAAAUGAAAAAUCUGUUCACAUUGUGAUUGAAAUAUCCCAACUUGGUCUACAAUAUCUCGACUCCUCUCUGCAAUCUGUGCAAUUCACACAAAGCACUACAGCUUUCCAGAGAGAUGUGACACUCCGUAUCUGUUAUUUUAUCUUCUCCUGUCAAAAAUGCAUCAAGAUUUCCGAUGCUGUAAUGUACAUUUAGCUGGCUUGUCAAUAUCUUUUCUAACAGUGUCCAUUGGAAUCUGCCUGUGGCUGAUAGCUGUCAAUUUCUUCGUUUCAUGUCACCUCAGAUUAUGCUGUAGAUUAUACACUGAUCUGUUUAAAUGUAUGGGAUUCUUUGGCAUAUCUUGGGUUGAAUUCAGAUCGGUACAUGUCAGGAAUAUGUUGGACUUGAUUGUCUGUGAGAUUGAAACCUUGUCAAGUCUGACAGGAUGCUAGGUGGCUGGUGGAAUGAUGACCAGAUGGAAUCUGGACGGCUUGAUGGGAAUUUUUGAAGUAAUUACAGAGACUUUUGCAUCUGCAUCGUUGACAAAAGUUGUUGCAGAUAUUUUGGACUGAAUUUUUUUAUGCAUACAGCUAUUUCUGUUUAUAGCUUUAAUGUAUUUUGAGCUACCUAGACCAUGUAGAUUUUUUUAUUACCUGCUUCAGUCAUGGUCAGGAUAAUCUGGUUUUGUUCUCAUAAGUCUGAUUUUGCAAGCAUCCAUCUUCAUUUCCUGAGUAGAUCAAACUAUAUUCUUGACUCUAGGAAUUUUUUAGAUACAUUUUACAAAUGCAGUAGCAAAUUUGUUGCAUUUUGUGGUAUUUGGGAGAAAAAUCAUGUUUGAAUAUAUCAAAAUCGUCAUGAAACAUCUCAUGUCAAAACAUGAUAUUUUUAUAAAGGCUUUAAUUGACCAAUUUAUUAAAUGGUUGUAUCAUAUCCAGUAUACACAUGUAUUUCAGAUGACAAUUUUGAAAGAAGGCUCAUUUUUUGCAUUUAUUUUUUGUUGCAUUUAUUUUGUGUAGCAACAAGACAAUUUGCAGGGGUUUUAAAAACUUUGUAUUUUGUAAAUUAUACAAUGUACAUUAGGAAACCAGGAGUCUGCAUCAAUAUUGCGCUGCCUUUCAUCAUUCCUUUUACCAGGUUGUGAAAUAUAUCUUCGAAUAUGAAAAGCUGUGCUUAGAAAAGUGCCAGUAGUGUCAGACUCUUUAAAAACCCAGAUUUUCAAGAAAAAAAAGAAAAAAAUAGAAAAUUCUAUUGCCGAUUGUUAUGCUAGGGUACCACUUCCUUUCUGAGUCAGUAAAAAGCUUUGUAGAAAUCAGUUUAAAAAAGAAGCCUUUAGGAUGUUUUCGUUCAAUCAAACACUUGUCAAAAUAGACAUUAGAUAAAUAAAGUUAAAUUAGGUAAACAAUGUCACAACUGAAAAUAUAUCAUCAGGUGGUUUACUUUCUUUGUCAAAGGUUCUUGUUUAUCCUGUAAAAUCAAAAAUGUCAGGUAUUUUUUCAUCGAUUUUGAAUUGUUUUCAAUAGUGUGUAUUGUACUAUUGGUACAAAAUGACAGCGUGAAUAGUAAGCGAUUAUGGAUGAUAAACAUGAUAAAGAAACUAAAAUAGUCAUUGCCUCGGUUAAAAGCUCACUUGAGGGUAUAAAAUACCUUUCACCUUUUAGAUCUAACCCUGGAUCAGUCGAUGACAGUCUCUAUAACCAGACAAUUGUUAGUGGAGAUUUGCUGUACAUUUUGUCCACUAUUGUAUUGGAUUCUAAGGUAAAGUUAACAUGAGUUGAAAGUGGAAAUUUAAACAAAGCUCCCAGACAAGUCUCAAACCUGUUUUCUGAAGAUUUUAUUUUCGAAAUCCCACUCACUUUGACCAGGGUUUUGUUUAUGAAGAUCUGAAUUGGGUCAUACCUAAAAUGGUUGCGAAAUUCUGCUCGGAUGUGAUUGUUAUUCGUAAUCACAGAUCAAACUAUAUAUGUUCACAGAAACAUGUGAGAUACAGCGCUGUUCAGAAUUAACAUACUUUAGGGCAUGAAAUUUGUGUUCGGUAGUGCAUCCGGAUGCUUCAGAUGCAAUGUAGCGUAAGGUAGCUGCAUGUAUCAUGCACAUGUUAAUCAAGGCACAUUACUUCUGAAGAGUACUGUAAAGAAUGAUCAUAAGAUUCUUGGGUCUGUCAAGUUCCUUUGGAUACUUGUGUGCAAAACAGUGAAAAUAUUGUGCGCUAUGUUAUUUUGCUUGGAUUCUGAAUAAUAUUAGAUUCCAAUAUGAUUUACCAUUAAUAGAAUUUUCAAAAAAUGCCGCAGCAUUGAUCUUUAACAAAGACGUAUUAGGUCUGCAUGUUUUGUCACCAGUGCAUUGUCAUUUUGUGUCCAAAUUUUAUUUGUAAUUUUUAAGAAAUUGAUAUUUUUUUCUCCGUAUGGAAAAUAUAUCUUGUUUUAAGUAUGGUCACAGUUUGUCAAUGUAUAUAUAUGGCCAUGUUCGGUUAAUCUAUUUGAUAAUGACAGCUGUAAAGAAUUAGAAAAUGAUUUCUCUUAUGAUUUGCUGAGUGAUGGCGGAUUCAUGUGCUUCUUCCGAAUAAUUUCUCAGGUUUAAAUUUUGUAGUUGCUUAUUUUGCCAUAAAGUCAUUUCUGUUUGAAAUAAAGUAUAAAAUGACAAUGCACUGAUAGUAUAAUAAGUUUAGCAAUUGGUUCGGUGUACACAUUUUCUACUGCUUAGAUUUUUUUCUUUUUCUUAAUGAUCUCAGGUUUGUUUUGACAAGUAUUUUAAUUUUUUUGGGCAGUAUAUCCUUCCCACAGAAAAUACCUCAUGAAAAUGUCUAAGUCAUGUGUGUUUUACAAAAACUACUGCUUUAAAAAAAUUAUUCUUGGGUCAGGAAAUAAUUUAAGGAGAAUGACCAACCAAGGCCAGGGCAGUUGGGAUUUUCUCAACCAGAUUUGAUCUGAUAUGGCUGAUUUAACAAUGAUAAUUUCAAAGAUAUUUAAGGUUGCUUAAUUAUUUACUCUUGAAAUAUUUUGAGUAUUUUUUAUCAGUAUUCUGUACACCAAUAAGCAAGCUAAAAAAUGUUGAAGCAAAAAUGUAUGUUAAAAUCCUGGCUUCUUUUCGACACGUAGAAGAAAAACAUGCAGCCCUAAUAAGACCCGUGAAAUAGAUAAACAAGUAUCUGUGUGCCUUUUCAUCAUAAAACUGCCUUAAUACUGUCGAAUUGUAACUCUAUUUAACCCAUCACCAGCUUUAUAUAAUGAACAUGACAUGUAAAAUGUGUAGUACGGUAUGAUAACAAAAGAGGGUGCUGUGAUACUUGGUGAGACGCACUGUAUCACGUCUAGGUUUAACCUGCUGUAAAGUAUAAUUAAUGUUUCCCACCUUCUGCAUGAUUUUUCCUCUAAAGAAAUGUUUGAUUAACCCUAUAACGACCAUGUGAGAGUUUUGUUUAGUUUAAGGAGUGUGGACAUUUACCCAUCAUGUGCCGAUUACAGUCCAAAUCACAAUUGACAUCCCUGAAUCGCUUCAGCGUGUCACUGACCAUCCCUGACUGAACAUUUUGGAAUGGUGGUAAUUUUGGCCAGUUUUGGAUAGCUUCACUUUGUCACUGCAGGGUUAACCCCUGAUACAUCUCAACUUGUCCUCAUUUUGAUACUUACUUAUUACCUUGCAAUUUCCCUUAGAAGCUUACAAUUUUGUAAAAAAAGAUUUUUCAUAGAUUUUUUACAGCAACUAUGCAUAGUGGCUUUAAAUCUUUAUUACUAGGUUUGAUAUUUCCGUACAUCAUAGUGCCUGUGUUGCAUAAAAGGGUUCAAGAUUUUUGAACCUAACAUCUUUGUACAUGUAUUCUGUUGCACAAUUAGACAUUUCACCUUGCUGGUCAGGAUCACAUGUGCAUAACAUACAGUAAUGAUAUUGAAAGCAUUGCUGUUCCUGGCAAACUUGGGUUGAAAUAAGUCUUGCCAACGUGAGCGUGCAUGGUUUAUUUUUGCAAUUUAUUUUGGGUAAGACAAGAACAUCAUUUCAGUUCAUGAAUUUUCAUGUUCAUAUAACAUUGUCAUCAUUGUGGACAUCUUGAUUUAUUGUGUGGGAUAUGAUUUUAUGUUACAUUUUCAUGAUGAGUUCUAUCCUGAUUUACUCUUAAACUGUAAACCUCCUUCUCCUACCCACCCUGCAGUCAGAUUUUCCCGAGGACGG